AUGGAUGCCUCCAUCGUCUUUCGCCAGGUCGAAGGGUUCGGCGACCGCGUUCCCAGGUCGCAUCAUGAAUUUUCGCCGCCCAAGACAGCAAACGGCGACGAGCACGGCGAGAAUGAAAACCCACAUCGCAUCGCCCAUACAUUGACGGCUUGCUGUCGUUGUCGCCAGAGAAAAACCCGGUGCGACCCCACGCUACCUAGAUGUCUCCCAUGCGAACGAUCGGGCUCUAUAUGCGAAUACUUCGACACAACGAAGGGUAAAAAGAUAAGUCGGUACUACGUCGUCAAGCUCCAAGAGAGAGUACGUGCUCUAGAUGCUGAGCUUGCCCAAUACAUUGAUGAAGAUGAAUCUCCCCAUAAAGACCAAGAAGACGUACUUCGCCCCGGCGGUCUAGUAAGACUGAAUGAAACUGAUGAGACGCCUCGAUAUUUGGGCCCGUCCAGCGGUAUCGCUAUGACGCGCAUCGUUAUGGCAGAGGCAAAGCGGUAUACAAAUUCAGGCCGGAUAUCAGAACUGGUACCCAAUGUCGAAGGGAGACGAAAGGCUGCGAGCUCUAUGAAUGCUGCUGCCGGCAAUAGAUCACAGUCCUUUAGCAUGCCAGUGCCAGAUCCCCGAAAGAAGAGCUACCCUAUGGUUAGUGCGGUACCAGCAGCCGGGCUUCCAAGCAGGGGCAUCGCUGAUAAACUCAUUGAAGUCUUCCAUCAGCGAGCUCAAGUGUUCAACCCGGCGCUUCAUGAGAGGGUACUUGCCAAUGCCGUCGAGGAUGUUUAUGCGGGCACUCAGGAUCCGUACCAGAACUUUAUUGUUCGACUGGUGAUGGCAAUAAGCAUGCAAAAACUUGACUCUAAUUAUGCUGGGCUUGCUGACAGCUACUACCUCGCAGCAAUGCAGUUUUACGAAGCGGUUGUCCGGCCAAAGGAUCUCAAGACGCUGCAGUGUCUUGUAUUGAUAGGCCAAUAUUCACUCCUCACACCGACGCGAACAGCUGUAUAUUACGUGGUUGGUCUCGCAACGAGGAUCAGUCAGCAGUUGGGUCUUGCCGAUGAAAAGACAAUUGCUUUAGGCGCUAGUGAUCCUUUGUCAUUAGAUAUGCGUCGGCGGCUCAGCUGGAUCGUGAGCAACCUAGAACUCGGGCUGUCUCAGUCUAUGGGACGACCCAACGGAUUUGCCAAGACCGACGAUCUUAUUGACAUCAAGUGGUUUGAGACUGUACCUGAUGCCAACAUUUCAGAGAAUGGAAUCACACCUGGUCCGCCAGAUGAGAAGAAACUCGUAGCUAUUCACUUCUGCAAAAUGCGGAUGCUACAAGCCGAAAUCCGCCGUACAUUGUACGAGAUUAAGCGUCCAGAACCCCGAAACGCGCAUCAUCCUUGGUUUGCGUCCAUGGAGGCAAAGAUGGACCAAUGGCUACGGACAUCUCCUGAAAAACCUCCGUGGUGCAAGCCAUGGUUUACCGGAAGAUUUCACACUAUGGUAGUAACACUCCAUCGCCCAUCUCCGCAAGUUCCCAAGCCAUCUUCAGAGUCUGCCAGCAAGUGCUACGACUCUGCCGCCUUUGUAAUAAAUAUCUCGAGCAAGCAAAUGAUGUCAGCUGCCGUAGAUAUAACUUGGGUCUUCCUUCUGACUCUGUAUAUGUCACUCAAUACUUUGCUAUGGUGUGUGGCUAGCUAUUCAGACAUCCGAGCGGCACAUUCCCGAGAGGAAGUGCAAGAACUAGUAAAUGUUGCGCUAGAUAUCAUCGAUCAAUGUGUUGAGCGGUGGCCAGGCACUGCAUCAGCAUCCGAAUUAUAUUCUAUCCUUACCAAGGCUUGUCUACAGAGCUAUGACUCCAAUGAUACUCCUCGCCUAUCCAGCCCAGGUUCUUUCAACACGCCGCCAUCGCAACAGGACACUAGCUCACCCAACUCAAUGGAUUUAUCAGGCGGGAUGGCAGCGCCUAAGCCCGGUGCGCCUGCUUUCAACCCACCUCAAUUUGGCUAUGUUUUCGGCGCGGCGCCCGAAUCUCUAGACAAUUAUAGCUUUGACGCCUCCCUCUCACAACAUCCUACAUUCCGGUCCAACUCUAUCUUCAUGAACCCAGCCUCCAACGACCACACUGGCCGUCGCUUCAGUUAUUUCCCUCCCGACUUCACCCAGGGGGAAGCUCUACCAAACAUCGAUCCUAGUCCGCCUCCUUCCGAGUCCACUGCCAUAUCUCCACCAUUUCUUUCACCACCACAGCUUGCCCAAACGCCCCCUGAGAGCAUGUCAUCCAUGCAAGCUGCGACUCCCGUCAUGAGCACAAUAAAUACACCGAUGGUAUCGACCCCGUUACUUGCAACAUCCGUGUCCCAGGGCUCCCCUGAGGUGACGAUUGCCAACAGCUUGCCACAAACGCAACCGCGUGCUCCUCCCCCAGCAUUCACUAUACCCUCUCUUCCGCCAGGCCAACUACCUCACGGGCAACGACCGUUACCACAAGCCACCACAGUGACCGACUGGUUCAAUCCCCCGCCACCCUUUAUCUCACCUUAUUCCUUUGGCAGCAUGGGUGCCGGGUACUGGGGCAAUUCUUCCGGUAUGAAUGGAUUUGUCGGCACGGAAGGCAAUAACUUUGAUUCUUCACGUCUACCUCCGGAGAGACAAGGAAGUCUUAGCCAUGCACAACAAAUCGAGCUAAUGGGGGUAUUAGAAAACGAGGGGAUGGCGGACAUAGAUAGCUACCUAAACACGACAAAUGUAGCGUAUGGGAACAACGGUAUAGGCAAUGCGAACAUGGAAUUAGGUUGGGCAACGCAAUCAUGA